GCCAGCUCCGUUCCUUCCGGCAGUGCGGGUGGCGUCGCUCCCGCUGGCGGAGCGGGCCCAGGGCGAUCCCGGCGGAACCGGGCCGGGCCUGCCCCCGCCCCGCGGCCUCGGGCCCGGUACUGCGCAUGCGGGGCGCCGCCGCCGCGGCGCUUUCCGGGAAGAUGUCGGCGGCGUGGAGAGCGGCGGUGGCGGCGGCCGCCCGAGCCCCGCUGCGGGGACGGCUCGCCGGGAUGCGGCCCCCGCGCAGCCAGCGCCGUCCGUCCGCAUGGGGGGCCGCCGCCGCCGCUGCUCUGGUCGGGGGAGGCUGCCUGGCGGCGUGUUACAGCGGGCGGCCGCGCGUGUUCCCGACGGUCCUGGCUCAGAAGGAAGAUGUCAUUCAUGCAGACGUGGAUGAAAGACUGUCUCUUCGAAAGCACCGCUUCAUGCAUUUUGCAUCGUUGGAAUAUGAAGGGGAAUAUUACAUGACACCAAGAGAUUUCUUGUUCUCAGUAAUGUUUGAUCAAGUUGAACGCAAAGCCUCAGCCAAGAAACUGACAAAAAAGGAGGUAGAUGCUGCAGUGCUGUAUGUUGCCAAAGCUAAACCAGGACCAACCUUUUUUAGAGAGCUUGGUGAUAAAGGGUUGAUAUCUUAUGCAGAGUAUCUGUUUUUGCUGACAAUUCUUACAAAACCACAGACUGGACUUCAGAUUGCCUUUAAAAUGUUGGAUGCAGAUGGCAAUGAACAAGUUGAAAAGAAAGAAUUCUUUAAGCUACAGAGAAUCAUUGGGAAGGAAGAUGACUUGAAAGCAGCUGGAGACGAAACUGUACUUCGGGAAACAGAACUGGACAGCUGUGGUGUUAAUACCGUGUUGCUGGUACAUUUCUUUGGAAAACAGGGAAAGGAAAAACUUCGCUUUUCCGAGUUUUUCAGAUUCAUGGAAAAUCUGCAAACGGAAGUCCAAGAAAUGGAAUUCAUAAAGUUUUCAAAGGGUUUGAGCGUCAUGAGAAAAGAAGACUUUGCAGCGUGGUUGCUGUACUUCACUGAUGAGGAAAACAAUGAAAUUUACUGGCAGAAUGUGAAAGACAGAAUCGAAGCAGGAGAGAACAUCAGUUUGGAAGAAUUCAAGACUUUUUGCAAGUUUACAAAUAACCUGGAAGACUUUUCUAUUGCCAUGCAGAUGUUUACUGUAGCCAAUCGUCCUGUUAAGCGGGCUGAAUUCAAGAGAGCAGUGAAGGUGGCAACAGGACAGGAUCUGUCAGAUAAUGUUUUGGAUACCAUCUUCAAGAUUUUUGAUCUAGAUGGAGAUGACUGCCUCAGCCACAGCGAGUUUCUUGGAGUCCUGAGGAACCGAAUUCAUCGAGGUUUGAGGGUACCACAGCAGCAAGGCAUUCAAGGUUUCUGGAAGUGUGUGAAAAAAGAAAGCAUUAAAGAAGUCAAAGAACUUUGGAAGCAAACUGGGAAAAGUCCUUUUUAAAGCAGUCCAUUUAUCUUUUGCUUAAGUGGUUUUUCUUAGGAGUUUGUCUGUCCUGUUUACAUAAUAACUAAGUAAAAAAUGCUCUUUUUUUAGCUAUAGUUAAAGUUUAAUUAACCCAGACUCUAAUGCAAUAAUUUUAUAAUCGUUCCAGUGCAAUCAGUUUGGUUUACAGAACUGGUAUCGCUUUGGCCUCCAUACCAAAGGACUCUUGUUCUGGGGAAUAGUGUUGUUUACUGCUCUGUGGAGUCUGACCCUGCACUGUAGGAUACAGGAUGCACAGGAUCAAAUCAUGGCCCCAGGCAGGAGUAUCACAGCACUAUCAUCUCCUGUUGAAGGAGUGAACAUCAUCUCAGCCACCAACACAGCAGCUCUCCUUCUCCAUCUAGGGCAGAGGUCCACAAGGCAAAAUCACUUGCACAACACAUUUUAAACCAAGUUAUCCUAAAUCAAAAAGGAAAAUUCACACGUUGUUAUGGGGAUCUGCUCAUGUGCUGGUUGCUGGUGCUUGAUUCCAGCAGUUCCUGUGUGGAUUUCUGGUUUGUCUGCCUUCAUGGUGUUAUUAUUAAACUGGAAAUACAAGACUGAUAGGCUUGAUGCAGGGUUUAAAAGUUGUACAUUGGUCAAUGAGUUUGUAUUGAGUGUCUCAGACUUCUUCCACAUAGUAUAAAUGGGAAGAAAAAAAUCUUCAUUCUAUCAAACACAGUGGUAGCUACAAUUUGACUCAUUACUAUUUUGCUUUAGUUGUAUUGCAGAAGAUGAAUGCGUAACAAGUAGUUGUUUUAUCUCACUAAAAGUUGUGACAGGGAAACCUGAAGUAUCUCAGGAAAUCAAGGUUAUAAUAAGCCAUUGUUGAGGUAAUGUGUCCAAUAAAAAACCAAAUACAAAUGUUUACUACUCCAAAUGCAAAGUUAGACCUAAGAUCUUAAACUAAAAGGAGGAACAAAUCAAGACUACCACUUAGAAAUUACAGGUGAACUUUUUUUUGCAAUAACAUAAGGUGCAUCUCUGUGUACACAGGUGUGCACGUUACAUGUUUUGUCUUUCUUGCAAGAAAGGAGCCAAAAGCCAGGUCCAGAUCACUCUUCCUGGUUGGCCACAAUAUAUAGGAGAUAGACUUAUCUGUAAAGCUGUCAAGGUUCUUCCUCUUUCCCACUCUCAGUUGUCUGACUUGUGUUGGCUGGGGUGAAAGCUUAACCUUUCAGGACAGGUUUGUGAUAACAGAGAUAAUAGACUCAAAAUGUGGACUAGGGAAAUGUCUCAAGAAAAAUAACCAAGAAACCACUCAGUGAGGUGUUAUCCAUCCGUUUCUUGCUUGACAUCAGCUACAUUUGCCUCACAGCUGUAAAUAAGCUGAACAUAUGGUGCUUGGUUGUCAUUUCUUUGGGUUUUGUGACAAGAGGGGCAAUUUCCAUGAUAGAUAAGACAUCAGGGCAGCUCUCACUUGGUGCAGGGACAGGAGAGAAUGCGUUGGGAAACCCUAAAGGUUCCGCCUAAGGAAUACUGAGCUUACUGAGAAUGUGUUUGAUGUGUCAGUACCUGUCAUGUUUGUGCUGAGGACAAGUCCUAGUGCCUGAAAUUUGGCAUAGUGAUCUCUCCUGGGGAACACAGUGAGAAGCCAGCAAAGCAGCUCUUCCCUCAUGGCCUCAGCUUGGAGCUUUAAUCUAAAGUGUUAAAGAGAAAAUGCUGGUAGUCCUGUCGAGGACACGCAUCCAGAACAAGACCAUGCCUGUGGGGAUGUCCUGAGACUGUCUGGAAGAUCACACCAGUGACCAUCAAGGAUCCCUUUUUCCUCAGGAAAGAACCCAAAUGCAGUAAAUGCCUCCUCCCCUCAAACGGAGCUCAUGCAGUGCUAUGUGGGCAGCAGGAUAGCAGGUGGCUGGUUUACUUUGUGUCUUUGGAAAUUGUUUGUUGCUUCUCGUGGUGGGAGCAAAGGUGGGGCGGUGGGACUGGCACCACAGUACCACAGCCAGCUGCACUUCACCAAAUUAUCCAAAAAAUUACAAUAUUGAAGAAGAGUCCAUGGCAUAGAAGUAAGUAUGUGUUCUCCCAAAGUGUGCUUUGUGCCAGCUCUGGGUUUAAUGCAAGGCUGCCUUUUAUUUGUUGCUGUUAAUAUUUUGGCAAAUCAUUUUUACUUUGGAGUGGAAAUUAUUCCCUAGCAUUUUAUUCUGUGUGAAGUUAAUAGAUUUAUUAUGUUUUUUAUUGCUUUUGUGGUUUCUUUUGCUUACUAAUUACUUCCUUCUUACAAGCUGUUUGGUUUCCUUUUGGAAAAAUCAACUCAUUUAGCUUUAGUGUAUCUAGAAGUUUAAUUCCUCAGUACUCAUUUCUAUCUGGGUUUGUGCAAUCAGCAGUAUCUGCUUUCAGGGAUUUCAAGUUUUGUUUUUCAGCAAAAGCUUUGAUUUCAAGUUCAGAGGAAAAGCAAAGGGAUAUGCUUGGGUUUGAUAUUAAUUUUGUGUCUAUUGUAAAAAGAAAAAAAUUGAUUGGAAAUUAAAACAGAGUUAUGAAUAAUUUUCAGAAGGUAUCCUGAAAGUGCAGCCAGGAAGGAACUUCUUUAAAGGCCAGGGAUGACUUGUCUACCAGGCUUGAAGAAUCAGACUCUGUGUUUAAUUUGUAAGUUUAUUGUUAUUUGUCAAUUAAAAUGGUCUGUUUUACAACAGUCUUAAAAUAAUUUCUCUUUUUUAAUAUCUUAGAUUAAAAGAUAUAUUUAUGUAUUUAGAUAAACCCUGUUUUUUAAGAAAUUCAUUAUAGUUUAAGUACUUGAUGUUUUAGUUCCUUUUAGUCACUGUAUAAUAUUUGCAGCCUGCUGUGAGCAUUACUCAACACAAUUUAGUUAAGGCUUAUGCCAGCUACCAGUCUAAAUGUCAAUUGUGACUUGUUUCAACAUAAGGAACUCUUCCUCUGAACAGAAAUGUAUAGAAAAGCUAAAUAAAAUUGAUUUUUUUUUAAAUCUA